ACCUAAAACAACUUUAGAAUCUCUCUCUCUCUCUCUCUCUCUCUGUCUUCAAUGGCUUCUCCCAUUCCUCAAUUCUACCCUAAUUAUCCAUUCUCCGGUGACUAUUCCCCGUUUUCAACUCCGUUGUUGGCUGAAGAAACCCUUGGUGGAGCGGCAUCUUCUAGUGGUACAAUUUCAAGUGGUGGUGGUGCAAUGUGGGGAGAAGAUAACUUAUACCCAUCAUAUCUUGAUAAUGGUGGAUCAGACAUUGGUGUCUUUCAGCCCAAAUCCGACGUCUCAUCGUCGUUUCUCCCCACGCCUUUUCCCGAGCGACUAGGGCUUUCAAACAACAUGGCUGUACCUGCUGCAUUGCCAAAGUAUGACAUGGGUUUAGAAAGCAUUGCUCAAGUUCAGAACUUCAAUGGCGGCGGAUUUCAAUCGCCGGAUUUGUCUGAGUUUGCGGAGGAAUGCUAUGCUUACAUCCCGGAUUUCAAGCCUAUUUUUCCAAUUACAGGAGAUAAUUGGGAAAUCAAGUGCAAUCAUGCGCCAGAAGCUGAGGAUACCUCUAUGAAGGUCAGGAGGUAUUCAAUAGAAGAAAGAAAAGAUAGAAUUAUCAGAUAUUUGAACAAAAGAAGCAAAAGGAACUUCAACAAAACCAUCAAGUAUGCUUGUCGCAAAACCCUAGCCGAUCGGAGAGUUCGUGUUCGAGGAAGAUUUGCAAGAAACAAUGAUCGAUUAAUGGGUGAAGAUGACAUGAGAAUGGAAAAGAAGGAGAAUAGUACUCAGAAAUGCAAUGGAAUAUUGUAUAAUAGUGACACUCUCCAGAUAAGGAGUGAUGAUGAAGACUGGCUACAAGAAGCUAUGGCAAGUCUAAUGUAUAUACCUUAUAUAUCGGGGUGAUACAUAUAUAUAUAUAUAUAUGCUUUAGAUUUUUCAAAGCUAAGGGAAUAAUGUUAAUUUUUAGUUUUUAGAGUAUAUAUAGACAGUAGACUGGAUGGAGAUUCUCAUAUAUCAUAUAUGUGUACUCUCUUCCAACAAAAUCUAGAGAGGAAUAUAUGUGCCGUUACUACUAACUAAUGUACCAAAUUUGUUUCAAUUGA